AUGGAGGUUGACACUUCGGUUGAUUCUCUGAUACAAAAUAUGUCCAUCGAUGUGGAGGACUCUGAACGCAUGGACAGGUCCUUUGAUAAAAACGAUGCGACCGGGAUGCAAACUCAGCCAGCGUUAGGUGCUUUGACUUAUGAAAAUGUGACGGCUUUGCAGACGUCUACAGCUUCCGAAAUAACGAAGUUGGAGCAGGAGAUGAGGCAAAAGCUUCACUUGGUAGACGUCCAGCCACAUACUUUUGAAUCCCAAUUGGCAAAGUUGGAGGAGGAAAUGGUUCGAAAAUUUCGCCUGACAGAUUGCGUUCCAAGUACAAUCGAACCACAAACGGCUUCUGUUCCACCGCAUCUGCGAGACCAUCAGUAUUGCAGAGUACUUCCUGUGCCCGUCGAUUUCCGGUGUGCCGAUACUGCAGCUCCUGCGAACCAAAGCCAAAAUCCUCUGCCUGAGUUCUCCUUUGAAGGUAUGAACGAGAACUUGGCCAACGUGUUCAAAACCUUUCGACGGUUGCUGGCAAAGCACAACAUCACCUUGGAUCGCAGUACCGUGGAAAUGGUUUGUCGUCACAUAUACGCUUCCCUGUACACUGACAACGCUCAUUGA